AUGGCUUAUUACAGCUCUAGCUAUUACAUGGAUGAUCAUGGUGAGUACGAUGGUGAAUACCCUUUGACCCCUUGCUAUAAUAGUUAUGAUUCUGCAGCAAUUCAAGAUGCUAUAGCUUAUUCCAGCUACAAGUCCAAUGAUUACCAAAUUUUUGCCUAUGAUCCGAUUCCCCUUUUUGCUGCUGCUUAUGAUCCAGUUUCAAGCUGCUCAAGAACUGCAUAUUCUGUAUACACUUCCUGCGAGCCUAAGAAUAUUCAGUAUGACCCUGCUCUUUAUUUUCCUGCUCAGACUCGGUUCAUAGUCUCUUACUCUGUUUCAGAGUUUAAUGAGCCUGAUUUUGAAGACUAUGAUCCAACACCUUAUGGCGGUGGCUAUGAUCUUACUCUAACCUACGGCAAACCCCUUCCCCCUUCUGCUGAAACUUGUUAUGCUCGCUCUACACCUGAUCCAGCUACUUUACCUUCAAAUGGUGUCUCUUCUGGGCCGAUCACAGCACCUAUUGAGAAAAAGGAACAUGAAGAGCAUACAGCAACACCCCAGACUGAAAGCAAACCAACUUCCAUCAACGAGACAGAGAAGCAGCAGCUACGGCAGCUCGAUGAGUAUGAGCAUGAUCAUGGCAAUCACCAAGGAGAAGAAACCAAGGAAGGGUAUGGUGAUGGAUCAAGGGGAGAAAUCGAUUAUGAGUAUGAGAAACAAGUGAUUGUCCCUCAAAUUCCAUCUGGGUAUGGGUUAGAAGCUAUGGAUCUUUGUGAAGGUAUAUUUGGGUACUGGCCUUGCCUGUCUCGUUAUGGAAGGAGAGUGGAAGAUUUUCAAGAAAUGGGGGAUUGUGGAAAUGACAGCAAUCAAUGGAAAGGGAGUGCUGAUUAUUUGUUUGGGAGUCCAUUUCCAUAUGGCGAAACAAGUGAUGAUAGGAACAAUAUCUAUGGUUAUGAAAGUCAUUAUCAGCUAGUAGAACAUGUUGAGCAUUCACGGUGGUCUGCAUAA